AUGAAACAGGAUAUAUUUACCAAGACGGAAGAAGAGAAAAGAACGAAUGGUCAUGAAGAUUUAACAGAGACGCAAGAAGACACAACAUACGAAUCUCGGGAGAAAUCAUCGAAUACACAGCGAUCGCCAAGCCCACAGCCAGAGAAGAAACCAGUCGUCAAUGCAACAAAUGCCUUGUAUAUUGGUGAACUCAAUUGGUGGACAACUGAUGAAGAUCUUCGGCAAGUUGCGCGCGAUGCUGGAGUCACAUCAGAGUUGAAGGAGAUCACAUUCUAUGAACAUAAAGUCAACGGCAAAUCACGAGGUGUCGCAUACGUAGAGUUCACUUCAUCAGAAGCUGCAGCAUUGGUAAAGACUCGAUUAGAGAUGACAGAGAUUACGGAUAAGAAGGUUCUCGUCAACUUUACCAGCUCUGCAAACGGAAAUCCAUUCAAGACAGUACCUAAAGAACCUCCGUCCAAAUCCGCUCGCCAACAACAGUCGUCUCACCGCUCAACACCACCUACAAAUACAUCGAACCAAUCCGCAACGUCAACUCCAUUACUUCGUCCGCCUAUUAUACGUCCUAAUUUCGAUUUCCAUCGAGGCAAUGCAUUCAGAGGGAACCCAAUCCCGGCUGGUCCGCGAGAUUUCUUUGCGCCACCUAUGGGACCAUAUGCUGCAUUUCCUGGCCGCGCAGCUGGAUAUAUGAAUGGUUUUGGAACAGAUGGGUCUUUUGGGAUGAAUCCCCUGUUAAGAGGAGGAAUGAUGGGAAUGCGUGGUGGGCAGGGAGUUGUCAGAAGAAAUAUGAUGGGAGGUCCUCAUCAACCUGGAUACCCGGCUCCGCAUUUUAAUCCUGCCUUCUUUGAUCAAGGAUUUGUGAACGAGGACGUGCCGGUUGCACCGCGUGGCCAAAGAGGUUAUGAAGGCGGGGGCCAUGGAAUGAAAAGACAACGGGAAGAUGAAGAUGGACGAGAUCGACGGUAUUAA